GCAGAGAAAAGAGACCUUUUUUAACCAAAAAAAAUAAUUAUUGAAAUAAUUUUUAAUUCUAAAAAAAAAAAUUUUCGGCUUCAAAUAUAUAAUUUUGUUGCAGCAAAAAUUUUUGUUUUUGUUUUGACUGCAAAAGCUUGAACACCCAUGUUUUUUUGAUUCAAAAAAAAAAUGUGUAAAAUUGAAAAUUGUAUUUUGUUGAUUUAAAAAAAUUUUUUUUUGAUUCCAAAAAAAUACCUAUACAAGCGUAAUCUGUGAAUGUAUGCGUGUUGUUUUACAAGUGUAUACGCAGCAUUUUUGGAUCCAUCUAGAUUUCUUUCAAAACUCAAAAUGGCGUCAUCAGAAGAAGUGCUUGUUUUGGAAGUCGAAGAAGUUAGUGACGCGGUAGUGGACUUACUGAUAAGUUUCGGUCUCUCUGAGGAAAUUGUGAAUGUUUUUUUGGAGAAUCAAUACACGAUUGAAACCCUGCAGAUCAUUGAGCGGAAGGAAAUAGAGGAGUUGAUUCCGCCGCCAUAUCUGGCUGAGCGUACAAAAUGCGUACACGGAUUGAAUAACUGGAGAGCUGCUCAGGGAUUACCGCCGUUAUCGCCGGACUGUCCGACGGCCUCAGUACAGCCGGAAAAAGGACACACUCAAAACGAAAAGAUUGCUAGAGAAGGUUGCACCGCAAGUUAUCUGCUUAAUUCAUCAUCGAAAGGCCGAGUUCUCCUGCAAAAGUGCCAAAAGCAGACAUUCUUGACAAGAGCUGACAAGAAAGCAAUAACUCAUCUAGUAAUCGACGAUUUCAAGGACCGAUUUGAAAAGCUAACACCAACGGAAUUGCAGCAGAGGGCAUCGGAACUCGGAAAGCUAUUCCCAGGCGAGCCAGAGGACGGAUGGUAUCAACCGACGUUUACCAAAAACAGUGCCGGUCAGAAAAUCAAACUGCGGAAACAAGCCAAGGGACGACUGUAUGACAGGAACAUCAACUACAGAGAACCGGUGGAUAACCAAAAUGACAUACAGCAACCGUCAACAUCCGGAGUAAAGCCUUUUGAUGUAAAGCAGAUUGUAUCAAAAGAGCAAGAAUCCGAGUACCAACAAACUAAGGCCUGGUUCGUCAACAAUCAAGAUGAGUGGGAAGAAGUGAAGCAAAAGUGGAAGGCAACCAGUAAACUGAGGACGUUGGAACUAUCAAAAAAACUCAGCUGGACUUGUGCUUCGAUUUUGGCUGAGUAUCCAACUCUGCGAAAUCAUCAAGGCUAUCAGUUAGUCCAGAUAGAUUUUUUACAUAAAUAUCCCGCAAAAGAGACGCUGUUGUUUAACCGUUGGACGGAACUAUUCAUAGGAAUUCGACCGGUAUUAAAUGCCGAAGUAACGGACGUGGAUGGAAAGCAUCUCAUCGCUCUGCUUGAUGAUGAUGAUAUAAGUGAAGAUACUCGUAACCUCAUCACCGUAUCGCUGUUGGCACAUAUUCUGCCAAGUCCUCAUCUCACCUGUUCCGGUAGACGACGGUGGAAGCCAUCUAUUCUCGAAACGCGGCAAAGUGUGGUAAUUCAUAUCAACGAUCUCUCGGAACUAAACGAUACUCUUCGCGGUUUUUUCGAUAGGAGUCGCGAGAGAGGAAUAGAGACUACUCCUUUCAUACUGGUUCAUGGCGAGUUGAAAAAACCCACCGGCUUCCUUGUGUGGAAUAACGUCGUGUCGUACAAACUACCCAAUUUUUUGAAAGCUCUCGACAUUUGCUUGAAGAUAUACAAAGCCUACAACAUCGAAUUCCCGCGUCAUUCGUUGGCAGUGUGGGAUUUGCUUGCCACGUUCUUACUCGAUUUUGAUCCUGUCAGCGACAAGGCAACUAUUUCCGGUCUGUGCGCUGCCAUACGACAGAAACAGCCAUCACAAUGAUUACGUGCAUUGUCAAACAGUGCUCGUGGCAAACUAAUUCCAUCGAUCGAUUAUACGACCAUUUACGGAGACACCAUCAGCAAAUCACCGCAUACACGUGUAACUUCAAAAGUUGUCGACGCAUCUACAACGUACGAGCAUCAUUUUUCAGACAUUUCAAACAACACUUAAACGACGACCAUGAUCUUCAAAACAUCAACAUCAUCGACGAAACACCGCAAAACGAAUGGUUAAUGUCCAAUUCCGAAGCACAACCAUCGCAUUCGAACAACCGUGAAUCUACCAUUAAAGUUCAGAAAGAUUCCAAAGAAGACACUGAAACACCUACGAAGGGCAAUGAUGAAGAACCCUGCAUUAUAGAUAUUGAGGCCUUAGAGAUCCAGAUGCGUAAUUUAAGUAUCGGUUUUAACCUAAAAUGGUUAGGUGUAAAUGUGUUACCGAGGAAAAUUGUAUUUGAAAUCCAGCAUGACGUACAACAACAAAUUUUGAAGCCACUAGAAGAAGUUGUCAAUACUAUGCAAAUAUCCGGUCUACUUUCUAUGGAAGGGCAACGAAUUUUCAAAAAAAUGUUCGAAAUGUUUGACGGAACAGAAACAGAAUACAAAUUUGUGGAAAACUUGAAAUCUGCUGACCUGUACGUUGCCCCUAGGGAGUUUGU